AUGCUGACUACUAAUCAUAGAGGAGUGAAAAAGAGUCCAUCAAUCUCGAUCCUCGAAAAGCUUUCCCACCCUACAUUAAAAGGCUCUUACUUGAUUCUGUUUAUUUCUUCAAAUGUAUCACACCUACUCCGCUCCACCAGAGGAAGAGAUAAACUGUUAGGCGUCGUUCAAUACCUCGCCGACCUAUACAAGCAAUGUAUGCUUGACUAUCUUUCCUCUCUCCGAAUAAGGGACUGACCAUUAUCUGUAAGGAACUCUAAAGCAAUCCAGGAAUCUAUGAAAGAUGGCCGGAAGAUCUUUCGGUUAUUCAGAUGAAUGGAAGAACUUUCAGGCUUCGGCGAAAAGAUUAGGAAGCCUAUGGACGUUGUGCUUAUACUUAAAUUACUGAAACAUUUUAUUGGGACGAUCUAUUACCUUAUCGACAAUUUAUUAUGAAUCGCUAGAAUUGGGGUCAUCAGCAAAGUUAUUUUGUAUGCAAAUUUGAGACUGGAAAGCACAAAAGAUGUGGUGGCGUUUGCAAGGUCUGCGCUGAGAAUUUUAAUUAAUUUGGCAACUGCGCAUAAGAGGUAUAUAAAAGAAAAGGAUAUUUUGCAAGAAUUAGAAUUGAACCCUGAAAAGUCAAUUGGUAUAGGGACUUUAGGGUAUAAAAACACAAAUUGUUUAUUAAAAGCACGACAGAAAAGGAGAUUUCAGUUCUUAGAAAUUGUCAUCAAUAUUUUUAAAAUAAUUUCAAUCACGAAGUCUUUAAGACUUCCGCUGUCAAAGCAUAUGAGUAAUAUUUUCGUGAGUACUUGUGGGCUUGUAUCAAGCUGCUUGUCUAUAUUUAAAAUGCUUUCCGGAAAAAGAGGAAACAAAAACAAUCAACACAAUAAGAGAUUAGAAGGGUUUCAUUAA